GAGAAUUAUAUCGGCCGUUGAAGGUAAUGAAAGGUGGCACCAUAAAUGUAGGAGGGCGUAAAAAGAGACUAACCAUCUACUCGUUGCUUUUAUUCACAUUGAGAAUUUUCAACUGUGAAGUUACCUUACUGCUCUGACGAACAGCCUAACUCAGCAAAUCACAAAUCAUGUCCACUUCGGAUAUUCCAACUUCGAUACAACCACAUGAUUCUCUUGUGCUCAAUCAGGAAGCGCUCGAUAUGGCCUCUCCGAUCAGUUCCGGAGAAUCAAAAGACGAGUCGGACCACAGUGCGCUGAAAACCCCUCCAAGUGAUACAUCGGUAUCAGACUACCAGUCUGGGGAAAUGGUCACAUCACAGUCUCCGAAUGAGUCCUAUAAUAUGGAAAAACUUCUAGAGAUAUUCUCAGAGAAUAUCCUUGCUAAGACACUAAGAGUGGCAAUAGAAGCACUGGGAAAUAAUAAUCCGCCCACAGUGUAUCCCGAGUUUGUUCCACAGAGAGGCGAGGAUGCAGGGAAAUAUUUUCUGCGAGAUGCAGAUUUUUGGACGUGUGGCUUCUUUCCUGGUAUCCUAUAUCUAUUGCGAGAGCGCGCAGUCAAGUAUCCACGAGUGUUCCCGUAUCUCGGUCACGAAAAGGACAGCCUUCACUUUUCGAGUUCAUUACUUCGCCAGGAACUUAUUUCUCUAUGCAAGGACUGGACUGGACCUGUGGAGGCAAUGAAGUCGCGAAUAGACACCCACGAUAUGGGGUUUAUCAUUCAGCCAUCAGUAAGAAAGGAUUGGGAGCUAACGAGUAACGAGAACAGUCUGCAGGCUGUUUUAACUGCGGCAAAAAGCCUUGCCAGCCGGUAUAGCCCUGCUGUGAGCGCAAUCCGCAGUUGGGAUGUGUUGAGUCAAGCAGAUGUCUCAAUCACCAGUAUGACACAAGACUUUUUGGUCAUUAUAGACAGUAUGAUGAAUCUUGAUUUGCUGUUCUACGCCUCGUCGCAUUUUUCAGACCCAGUUUACGCUGAAAUCGCCAUCACGCACGCGAAGACACUCAUAAAAUCAAAUCUUAGGCCAGAAACACCACCAGGCCGAACGGAUACGCGAUAUAAGGGCAUGCUCUACUCUCAUUACCACGUCAUCAACUUUGACGCACAAACUGGAGAAGUAAAAGAGCGUCGCACAGCCCAAGGUUAUAGUGCAGAGUCAACUUGGGCCCGUGGUCAGGCAUGGGGUAUUUUCGGAUACGCGCAGACGUAUAAUUGGUCCAGGGAUAGAGAGUUUCUCUCCACGGCGUGCGGCAUGGCAGAGUAUUUCCUGUGGAGAUUGGAGACGUCACCAGCCUGUGUCGAGCGGCCAACCGCUGGAUCCGGAUCACCAACUAUUGGUCGUUAUGUGCCGUUAUGGGAUUUCGAUGCUCCAAUCGAAGACGAAUCCAACCCUCUCCGAGAUUCUUCAGCGGGCGUCAUUGCCGCCAAUGGCAUGUUGCUUCUGUCGCAGUCUAUGGUGGAACUUGGCGACGAAAUUCUGGCAGAGAGAUACCGUUCCGCAGCAAUAAGAAUUGUCACUGACACCCUGGAAUUCUCUCUGUCGACUGAAAAGGCUAGAUUUGCGGACCACACGGGUGGCCCAGAGAAGAUCCGCGUCGAAGAUGCCGUGGCAGGCCAACGAUUUGACGCUAUUUUGAAGAAUGCCACAGCCAAUCACAAUUCCAAUGAUCAUGAUCGUUACAGCAAUCACGGUCUCGUAUAUGCUGAUUAUUAUCUGCUAGAAUUUGGCAAUCAGCUUUUGAGGAUGGGCCUCUUAUAAUGCAUACGCUGUGUUGGAAAUGUACAGCCAGACAGGGAAUUCGAACUGAUACCUUACUCAUUUAUAUAUAUUUAGAGUCUCAAUACAUACAUAAAUUCAGUGCGCAGAUGGUAGAAAUAAACUGGAUGCGAAGAAGGCACUCACGGUUAGGUAGCGCG